UAACUUCAUCAUCUAUUGCCAUAAAACAUAAACUAACAAUCGUUCGAUUUUGCUCAAGAUCUUUGAUAAAUGGAGAACAUGAUGAACAGCCACCAAUCAGAGAACGCCACGUACUGCGCAAACGGUUGCGGAUUUUUCGGCACGGCGGCAACGAAGAACAUGUGCUCAAAGUGUUACCGCGACCACCACCUCAAAGACGAACAAUCCUCCACCAUGAGAGCCGCCGUAAAGAAGUCGUUAUCCUCCUCACAGUCCGAUGAAGCGGUGGCUGUGAGGGAGGCGGUGGAAGAACAAUCCGCUACCGUGCGAGCCGCAGUUGAUAAAUCGUUGUCCUCACCAGUCGUUGAGAAGAAGAAGUCCGUAGAACCGUCGGCGGUUGUGACGGCGGUGGAGGAGGUGGGGAGUUCGAGGAAGGCUGCGAAUAGGUGUGGGAGCUGUAAGAAGAAGGUUGGAUUGGUGGGGUUUAACUGUAAAUGUGGGACAACUUUCUGUGGGUCCCAUAGGUACCCCGAAGAACACAAGUGUACGUAUGAUUACAAGGUUGCCGGAAAAGAAGCCAUUGCUAAAGCUAAUCCUCUUGUUGUAGCUGAAAAGUUGCAGAGACUCUGAUGUUUUUCAAUUUUGAAUUUAAGAAUCUCUUCUUUUCUUUUCCUUGUUAUAAUUUAGAUGGGGUGAUUUACCCUUUUGAUUACUUCCAUGAUUGAUUGAGGUUUUUUUUAAUGUCGGUUCGGUUACUAUUCUUUUA